AUGACUAUUCGUUCAGCGGAAACAAAAAAUCUGCUCGCGGAACUGUCCAAAGAUUUGGCUUCAUCCAAUCAAGUCAAUGAUAUGCUUCGGGACAAAUUGCACCACAUGGGGUCACAAAUAUGUGAAGCUCAAGAGCGCAUCAAGGAGUUGGAAGAAGAAAAACGUGGGGCGUUAAAGGAUAUCGUUGCCGCACAGCACGAGGAACGACGUCAUUUCGAAAAGCUGAUGGUUGUUGAGGAAUCGCUAGCUCAGCUAUCCCAGAAAUUAGCUGUCCGUGAAAAGGAGACUAUUGAUGCACUUGCCAGCUCGACUUCCUUCCAGACAAAAUUAGAGUCGUCAAUGUUGUUGGUGGAAAAUACUCAAAAAGCACGAGAGUCGCUGGAGUUGGAGCUACAUACGUUGCGUUCUGAGAGGGAUACGCUUGCUUCAAAUCUCUUAGACCUUCAAAACACGAUCAGCAUACGGGAAAAAGACCUUGCAACCGCUAAAGUGGAACUGACUGCGCUUGCCGAAUCGAAGGCCGAACUACGAGCACUGCUUGCUGAAUCGAAGAAAGAUCUAUCAGAGAAGAUCGUUGAACUGCAAAACAGAGAUCCAAACAUCGACCUACAAAAUCAGAUUUGUUCAUUGCAGACCGAAGUACAGCUUCUGCAAACGACCUUACGCGAGCUCCGAGGCACAGAAACCGUUUUGCAAAAGAAUAUCACUGAAGCUGAAAAGGCUAAUGCACAACUGCUCGAACGCAAUCAGCAAUUACAAGAAUCUCUUCGGAAGUCACAGCUCGAAUCAGAUGCUCGAGUGCCCCUGGAGUUAAUGAACGAGAAAACUAAUAUUCUGAACAACCAAGUUUCGGCUUUGAAACAGGAGAUAAAGGAGCUAACACUAGAAGUGCGAGAUCACGAGAAGGCGAAAUCUGAACUUGUUUAUCGGAACCGAACUCUGCAAGAAUCGCUUGAAAGAUCGACCUCCGAGUUUACCGGGGUGAAGGAGAUCCAUACCAAGUUGACUGCAGAAACAAACGAGUUGAAGGAGCGCCUGAAUGUCCAGAGUGGGGAGUUAUUCCGAUGUAAGCAAGAAUGUGCGAUCGCGAAGGAACGUCAAAUAUCACUGGAGAAGCAAUUAUCUUUGACAGAGUCCUCUUUGAAGCAAAUGGAGAGCGGGCGUGAUUCAGUCGUCAAUGCAUUAGAAACCCGCGUUGAAGAUUUGAAAGUCAAACUUGAUCAAGUUACAGCGGAACUUAUGGAUCGGACUAGAGAGCUGGCUGCCCAAUCGGAAUCGUUGAGCGGAACUGAGGCGAGGCACCAAUUAGAAACUGAUCGAAUGAUAGAGGAUUUGGAGCAAAGGAUUUUGCAGCACGUUAAAUCGGCCAAUGAAAUUGUGUCUAGGUAUAGGGACGGGAAUUUGACCGAUGUGGAGAAGGAGUUGGUGGGUGUAGUCUUACGCCAAGCAGAACAUAUACACGCCGAAGAGGUUGUCAAGAAAGAUAACGAGUUACACAGGCGGCAGCGGGUGGUAGAAGACCUCAAAAUAAAGAUAGCUGAAUCGCAAAAGACGAUUGCACGACUCCUCAAAGAAAAGGCAAAAGAAUUGCCGCCUGAUUCGGGCAACAAGUCAAUUUUUGGUUUCAAAGCUUGGGUUUCUUCUAGCCCUGCAGAUGCACAUGAUGCCGCUAAAGGAGACAAAAAUGGUCGCGACCAUGGGAAAAUGCCUUCGCCAGUCGCUCCUUCUCCCACGUCCAAUCCUAUUCCGCUCCCUCAGAAUCCCGUGCCUACUAGCCACCAUACGGCCCCAAGUGUCAACGCACGACAUGUCAAUGUGGACUCCGAGGAUGACACUCCUCUUUCUGAGUUGAGCUCUAUCUCACAAGAUUCGGCGCCCGCUAUGGCAUCCGGUCAAAAACGUAUCCAUUCACGGCCACCUUCGGCAUUGGAUGAACCGAACCCAGCGAAGAGGCGCACGGCGAGUAAGAUUACAAUUGCGCCUUCCAAACCCGCACUUGGUCAAUCAGCCGCCACUACAUCCACGAACAACAAGAAGGCACCUGCUCUGGAUACUAGUAUCAGUACCAAAUCAAAGGCAAAGAAAAGGAAGUAA